AUGACAACCUCGUCAGCAAAAAGCGAUAGCCAUCGGACAAUUGUCCUACAGGCUUUACCCAUUUCCAUCUACUCUCUUGUGAGUUUCAAGCCAAAAACUUUCGAAUUAGAGCUCAAAUUACAGCUUCUGAUAUUCUACGACGCUUUUAUGAUUGUAACAUCAUCGAUUUCUUUGGUCGAUGACUUUUGGGGGCAACUGAUAUAUGUCUCUUUUUUCGUGUAUUCCUACUUGUCGGGUUGGAAUCGGUUGAAAGGCUUAUUAACAUUGAAAUAUUCAGGUUAUGUCGUACCUUUCUCUUUCAUUAUUGGAAACUCGAAAAAGAGGAAAAUCUUCACUUCGUUCUCCUUCAAGGAUUGCCUCAAACCUGAUAAAAUACUAAUAAAAAGUUUUCGUCAAACAUUAUGACAUCUGUUGAAUAAAUGUGCAUAUUCUAAUUUUCUUGUCUUCUUAUGAUUGAUCGAAAGGGCAGUUGCAAAAAAAGAUUGAUAAUUUCUUGAUCAAGGAAUUUUUCGAAAGGUUGGGUACCAAAAAACUUCAUAAUGGGUUUAGAAAGGCCGACUCUUAACUUCGAGAUGAAAACAAAGCAGAUGAAAAGGAAAAAAAAAAUCAAUUUACAAGAUAUGUAGUAUGUCCUAUCUUCUCCCACAGACCUCCUCGGCAGUUUUCGAGACCAGAUUUGGAACCAACGUGAAAAACUACAUCUAGAAGUCCCACUACGACCGGAGACCAUUCCCUGGACAAACCAUAAAUAGAACCAAAAAAAAAGUCAAUCAAAAAUCUGUCCCGCUUCCCACCCAAACUUGUAAUCUUUCAGCGUUUCUAGUAGUGCCCCCAAAAAACAUGUAAUUAGAAGCUACCUUCGACUUUCAGACUACUUUCAAAUAUCAAAAGGUAAGAUUCACUCAAGAUGGAGAAUAUUGACCCUCAUCCUAUGGCGAUUCUAUAUUUCUAUGCAUUUAUCAUUUAUCAUAUUAUUAUUUCUCAAGUUUCAAUCGUUAUUACGGUUCAUGCGGUCUUCAUAUUUAUUCUGGUAAAGUGUUACGAUGAGGACAAGAAGGUGGGAUUGUUAAAAUUUUUUUUGUAUAAUUCGAAACUUUUCCUGGAGCAAAUUUCCAACAAUUUCUAUUUACUCUCACUUGGACCUCGGUAAAGGCAAACCGGACACGCCACGGACGUAUCGGAGCCCUUCUAGUGACCACUUUAGUAGUGUCAGUUCUCUAGAGUGAUCCCUAGAGUUGCUCAGAAACGUCCGUGGCGUAUCCGGUUUUCGAUAUCGAGUUUUGAGAAGUAAUUAGGGCGUGGAAUUCCGAAUUAAUCAAAAAUUAUGGUUUUUCGACUUCUAUAAACUUUAUCGAGGGUUUCAUAAGAAAUUAUUCUUCCAAAAAAAGCACUAAUUAUCCAAUAAUUUGAUACGAGAUCCCUGAACUUUCCAUCUACAGCCUUUAAUACAACUCCGAAAAUCUUCAACUUGUCGAAAACUUUUUUUUUUCAACUUUCCAAGACUCAAUCAAUGGCUUCCAGGAAGUUCAACUUCUUGCCCAUUCAUUAUCAAUUUAUGAAAGAACUUUUUAGCUCGACUACUACAUUGCGGUCCCUUGUAUGGAAUUCGUCUCACUCAUCGGCGUAACUGGGCCAAUUUCUCUGAUAACAAGUACUGUCCUUCGAGAAGGAGAUGGAGUUGAUCCAUACCUCGGCGCCUAUUGCAUUUUAACAUUUUGCUGUCCCCAUGUUCUAGUAUUCAUCGACGCUAUAUUAUGCCUGCAUCGUCUUUUUAGCUUUUUCCAAAUCGCUCCAAGGUUCUGUAGGAAUUUCAAGUGGUAAGUUGUGUUUGGGAUUAAUUUUCAUGUGUUCAUAUUCAAGGCUCAACUGAUAUAUAAUUAUAAUAUUCCCUUUCUUGAACUGUUGAUCCAAGGAACUUGAAGGUUCCCAUUGACCUGUGAGCCAACUUUUGAAAAUUUCAAAAAGGAUCGUUAAAAGGACUUGAGGACUUGAUGAAGGUUCGCUCAGAUCAAACUGAAUACAAAAAAUAUGGACUUUUAUUCAAGAAAUCCUCUCUUAUAACUUCUUAUUAGAGUUAUAACCUCUAAAAGACUUCAAAACUUCUCUUUCUCUCCUUGUAACAUUCCCCUCCUAAAUUCGAGAAGCUAUGACUAAAAAGCAAAAAGACCGAAAUUCAUUGAUUUUUUUCUGAAUCAGGACGAUUCAGAGGUAUUCCAGCGAAUUUUCAUCAAAUCCUCAAGCUUUUUCGUUUCGAAACUCCCUCAUGAACUCAGAAACUUCAAUUUCAGGCCAUUGGCUAUCGCAAUCACAAUAUCGAUCCCACAAUCAUUCAUCUGCGUUGCUUAUGUGCUUCAAACAUUGAGCCAUAUGAUUUCCGAGCCAGUGAUAAAAAUCGCCCACCUAGAAACUCUGCACAUGGUCUUUGAAGCAUCUGGUUAUCCGUUAAAACACUUUUCAGUUUGCGAUGAGUUUCAAAAUCGUUCUAAUCUUAUUCACCCUGUCCGGCUACCUUCUGAUCCUCUGGAGCGUAAACCGGAAGAAGUCGGAGAUGACCAUGUCGUCGGUGAAAAACCAAAGUCACAUCACAAUCGUCCUGCAAGCCUUGCCCAUUGCCGUGUACUCUUUUGUGAGUUUCUACUGA